AUGGCAAAGCGCCUGGGUUUCAAUUCGGAUUGGAUAGCGAAGCGUGCCCGCGAAGACAUUGACCUUCUUCCUCACAACCGUCAAACUUUUCGAGGGAAUCUGUGCACUGGCUAACUUGCAUGUAUAUAUCGAGCGUUCUUUGCCGAUCCAUUCUGCCCUUCACAGUACGCUGAGGUCCCGCGCAGACAAGCGGUAGGGAAUCGACAGACACAGCACUCCACAAGGGAGUCCGACGUCUCACUACGAGAACUCGAAUCUAAUUACCAGAGCGAGUCCCCCCAAUUUGGCAGCUCGCUCAAUGCGCAUCCGAGCACCACUCAUGCAAGAGGAAGCGAUGGGAAUUCGGUCCGCCAGUCGGGUAAUGACCAGGAUGACCGGGUUUCUACACUAGAAUAUUCCGCGGAUGAGAUCCCUGAAACCGAGACUCGACAGGAUCCGGAACUUUGGACAGACAUACGUAGCAGUUACGUGGGGCCAGAGAACAUGACAGAGACUUCGCAUCACGAUGCGACCACUGAUUUGUUUCCACUGGAUCGAAGAUUCUCGCCAGAACCCUCAGGCUCCACGCAGACACAUAAAAACAGUCAUGAGCGUCAAAACCACGCGAGUAACUGGAAAUCACCCUAUGUGGAAGCUGAAAAUGAUAGCGAUUCGAAUGAGAUGCAGUCUCCAGGCCCCGAUACUGCCCAGGUUUCCAGGAAAGGCGUGGGUGGACACGAGGCACAUUGGCCUCGUGAUGGUUUCAACGGCGCUCAGCCCAACGCUAUUCAUAUCGAAAAACAAGACGAUUCUUCCACAAAUAAGCCUUGCGGGGAGUUUCCCAUGUGUACCGGUAGAAGUGAAUUGGAACCUACUUUUCACAUCAACCCUCAAAUUAACGUUGAGUCAUCUUCAGUGCAUGAGUUCCCUGCCCACUUAGUCAGCUCUUCCGCGGCCGCUAAACCAACAAGUGAUGAGGCGUACUUCCCUCACCCGUUUGAUGUGAUGGAUAUUAGCUUAGACUCACCACUUCCGGCAAAAUCUGUGCAUCAGGCAGGUGCGUUGGUUGACAGCAGCGAUGGCACAUGGCGCGCGGCACAAAUUCCAUACGUACAAACUCCACUGAAUGGCGGACAUGUGGCAGAUUCGGUUGAUAGGGUUCUUGAUCCUGUGCCUCCGGUCUCGCAUUCCGGGAUCAGAACACCACCAAGUCUCCGGACCAGUCAUAAGACGUCCACAUCCGACAUGAACUAUCGAAUGCAUUUUAGCCAGGAAUCGUGCCUGCAAGAAGCUACUACUGGCGCGACGUGGACCGAGGCACAAACCUCAGAUGUAUCAGAUGUAGAAACUCCAUCACUUGGCGAACAUGGACCAUCCGUGACCUCGGAUGCUACAAAUCCCAAUCCAAGCAAAGUUCUGACACCAGGUGGAAUCGAAGAAGGCCACUGUAAUUCGUACAAAGCCAGUGCCAGCGCUCGCGGAUUCAAAAGGAACAUCUCGAAAUUCUCAGGACCCAAUAAAGCUAGAGCGAUCGAGGAAAAGCAGCUCACCCGGCGACUUACACGGAAAUGGCGACGGUGGCUGGGCGCACCACAUAGAAUCAGAACACGCGAGAGGAAUCACCGGGGAACUGACGGCCCCCGCUCGAUGAAAUGCUCCAAUGAAUUGCUAAUGAAUGCGAUGAAGGACUGUUUCCACAUGUCUCAGAGCACUCACGGACCUGAUUCACGAGGCAUGAACCCGGCAGAAAUUCGCGAAGUGUCGUCACCUUCUUGGCAAGGACAUACGAUGCAGUAUCCAGUUACAAUGGAUCGAGGUGGAAGUAUGGAAAGGAGCUUCUGUUCUCAAGCCGAGGCACCGUCACAGCUAUACCAGCCAACAUUUUCUUUCUAUGGCAGUGGAAAUCAAAGCCCACCAUCUUCGAGGGUUCAUGGAUUUCAACUUCCAUCAGCCUUGCCACACAACCACGAGACAGAUGACACUGACGCCGAUACACAAAUAGAUAAGAUGAAUAAGCGCCAAAUGUCCAGCACGGAGUCUAAAACGAAGGAAGACCCAAUCGCUGUAUCACCGAUCGGACCCGGGCUAGAACAGCCUCAGACACAGCCUAAUGCAGAUGUGGUUGAUCAGCGACAAGAUACCGCUGUAGCGAACCAUAUUCUUGACUCAAAAGACACGCAUACCGCAAGGUUGCAGAGAUACGAUGCUAUUUCAGGCCGUGCUCGUCCGCAACGUUACAAAUUAGGGCCGAAGGGAGAAAAAAACUUUCAAGCUACAAACGUCGCAUACGCCUCAUGGGUUGUUCUCAACGGUACCUAUAUCAAGACUGUGGAGCAUCGCGCGAAAUCUGAAGUCAAAAAUCAUGUGGAAAGACAUAUUUCCAGGGCAACUAACAAGAGUGGCCAAUUUUACAACAUAAACCUACGCCCAGUCGAGCUAGAAUAUGGGAAGCCGGGCUACAUAAGCUUGGAGGAUUUUAUCAAAGAUGAUGACAUCCUUUUGUAUCAGGAAACGAGCCACGCAGAAGUGAAGAAUACAUCGGCGUUUAUUGAAACAAUCGCACAAAGGGUAACAACUAGCUUGCGCCGUUAUCUUUCCCGAGAGAAUUCUGCUGCGCGGGAAAAAGCGGAACGCAAAGAAGUAAAGGCAAGACAAGCACGCCUGCGCAAGGAAAAACUGACGACAGAAAAGGAGGGGGCCGUGAAAAGACUACGUAAGAGUUCACAGGUAAAAGGCGAUACAAAAAAAUCAAGAAACCGGAAAGGCCGGAAGAAUGAGAAACAAGUCUCGGAUAGAAAGUUACGAACAGCUCUGGAACGGAGUGGAUUGGCUCAAUUUUAA